CUUACUGUUCUGGUGGGAAACCGAGAGCGUGCUGCUCACUCCCGCCGACGUACCUGCAGUUCGUCGUUCGUGGCCUCGAGCUGUGUCCCGAGACUAGGACGUGACUCCAGGAGCAGCAGCAGCGGGUCCUUUUCCUGUGCCUCCGCUUGAUGGAGGGAGGCUGGUAGCUGCACUGGCAGGUGUGGAGUGGCAGAGGCGGCCCAUGGACCUGCCAGAGGGCCAAGCAGGUGGCUCUGUUUCAGAAAUGUACCUCUGGGAGCAGCCCGAGACAGCCAGCCCGGGGGCGCUGCUCAGCUUAGAGGAGCAAAUACUGAACUCAACGUUUGAAGCUUGUGACCCUCAGAAGACAGGCACUGUGGCUGUGGCCCGAGUACUGGCCUACCUAGAGGCUGUGACAGGCCAGGGCCCCCAGGAUGCGCGGCUCCAAACGUUGGCCCACAACCUGGAUCCCCGUGGGGAGGGCCCUCGGGCCACCGUGGACUUGGACACCUUCCUGGUCGUCAUGCGGGACUGGAUUGCUGCCUGUCAGCUACAUGGGGGAUUAGAGCUGGAAGAGGAGACUGCCUUGGAGGGAGCCCUGCCCGCCCAGCAGCUGCCAUCUGGAUGCCCAGAAGUGGAGGAGCCAGCCAACCUGGAGAGCUUCGGAGGCGAAGACCCUAGACCCGAGCUUCCUGCCACCAUCGACCUGCUGAGCAGCCUGGAGGACCUGGAGCUCAGCAACCGCCGUCUGGCUGGGGAGAACGCCAAACUCCAGCGGAGUGUGGAAACCGCUGAGGAGGGGUCAGCUCGCCUUGGGGAGGAGAUCUUGGCUCUGCGCAAGCAGCUUCGCAGCACCCAGCAGGCUCUGCAGUCUGCCAAGGCUGUGGAUGAAGAGCUGGAGGACCUGAAGACUCUAGCCAAGAGCCUAGAGGAACAGAAUCGCAGCCUUCUGGCCCAGGCCCGGCAGAUGGAAAAGGAGCAGCAGCACCUGGUGACCGAGAUGGAGACGCUGCAGGAGGAGAACGGGAAGCUGCUGGCAGAGAGGGACGGCGUGAAGAGGAGGAAUGAGGAGCUGGCCACAGAGAAGGAUACUUUGAAGCGGCAGCUCUGUGAGUGUGAACGCCUCAUCUGCCAACGAGAUGCCAUCCUCUCUGAGCGCACGCAGCAUGCAGAGAGCCUGGCCAAGACUUUGGAGGAGUACAGAGCAACAGCCCAGGAACUGAGGCUGGAGAUCUCACAGCUGGAGGAGCAGCUGAGUCGGACCCAGGAGGGGCCAGAUGAGCGACCUGCAGGGGCUCAGGUGAGAAGAGUGGCCUGGACCGAGCUGCUGCCCCAGUCACUGGGCUUGGAGAUCGAGGCCAUUCAGCAGAAGCAAGAUAUGGCCGCUGCUGCUCUCUCCAGCCCUCUGUGUGGAGUCUGGCAGUGUGAGGAGGUCUUUGAAGAGGUGGAAGAGGAAGCUGAGUUUCAUCCUGAAGUCCCUGCUAGGGGUCAGAGAAACUUCCAGGGAGAGCCAGCGUGCCCUGGAGAAGGAAGAAGUGAGCCGUCCAUGUGGUUGCCCAGAAGAGAGGACGAGGAGUCGGCGAGCAAGGCCACGGUCGAUCUCCCUAUUUCUCAGGGAGACCCUUCUCCUGGAGACAGCCCAGGAAGCCCUCCCAAGAGCCCUGCCGAGCCAGAACUCCAGCAAGCCCUGGUGCCCGUGUCAGGGGAGCUGGGCCUGCGGAGGAGGCAGCCCUGGGGCCAGCUCUGCCUGCCCAUUCAGCAGCUCAGGGUCACUCAGCCUCCGCUGAUCCCAGCCCCAGUCCUGGGCCUGCUGCUGCUGCUGCUGCUGUCUGUUCUGCUGCUGGGCCAGCCCGCAUCCCCCACCUGGCCCCACCUCCAGCUGUGCUACCUCCAGCCGCCCCCAGUGUGAGGGUCACCCUUCCCCUCAGGACAGUGUCGAGUCGGGUAAUUCCCCGGGGCUUAUCCUGUCAGGCCUCCGCAUGGCACUGGUGCUUGGGCUUACCCGUGUAAGUGUGUACCGCACUCAGUACAGGGGGUCCACUUCCCCACAUGGUUUGAAGUCUGUUUCUCCAUGUCUCCGACUACAUUUCUCAACAACAGCGGCACACGGCCAGCAGCAGAGGGUUUCCUCACAAAGCCAGGCAGUGUGGACCAGG